GACAGUAGCAUAUAAAACGCCUGUCAAAGCCCUUUGCCGCAAAUGGAACUUUGGAAAUGACUCCCUAUAAUUCUGUGGAUUUAGACAUCGCUACUAAAGCAUGACACAAUUUCUACAAUACAUGGCUUUUUUGACAUUGAUCUGGCACCUCAAACCCACGGGUGCAUAUCCGCGGUCUGGCCUUGACUUGGUAGGCAACAGGACAAGGCGGGACGUCUCUUGCAAACCCGGCCAGGAGUACCUGGAUGGAAACAUCUGCUGUUCAUACUGUCCAGCUGGUACACGUAAGAUAUCGCCCUGCACCAGAACAGGAGAGAAGGGGAAGUGUGAGGAAUGCGACGAUGGGACAUACACUGAGCACGAUAACGAACUGCAGCGGUGUUGGAAGUGCACACGGUGUCGCUCAGAUCAGGAAGUUGUAAGGCCAUGUACUCCAACUCAAGAUACUGAAUGUCAGUGCAAAUUGGGAAGAUUCUGUGCUCCUGAGCAACCAUGUGAGAUAUGCAAGACGUGUUCAAGAUGUGAAGAAGAUGAAGAGAUGGAGAGGAGAUGCACCUCUACUUCCAACACAGAGUGCAAGAAAAUCCAGACUAAUGCUGCCUCUACCUCAGCAAAGGCCUCUGUGAUUGUGCCGCUUGUACUGAUUCCUUCUGUGGUUAUUGGUGGGAUAAUCAUUGCUGUGUGCACAAGGAGACAUCAUAAAGCAACAGACACUCAGAGAAAUGUACUUGAUGGGCUACAAGCUGGACUGGAAAGGAGCAACGGAGAAACCCCAGGGCAGAGCUGCUCGAAUCUGAUCCUGUCCCGGCAACUGGUGAGAGCCAAAUCCUCGGCCGGCAUUGAGGAAGAGCGCAAAGUGCUAUGUGAAAGCCUCUGCAGCAGCUCAGCCAGUAACUCCCAGCACAGUCUAACUGGCCUGCCCUGCUCUGCCUUCCCCGCAUAUCUCCCGCCAGCCUGUCCCAUGGUCCCCACACAGCCCAACAGCAGGGAAGAUAAGCAAUUUCCCAAGCUUGUUCCUGUGAAUGGUGAAGAGUCUCUGAGGAAAUGCUUUGAGUAUUUUGAAGAAAUAGACUACUACUACCACAAGCGAUUCUUCCGGCACAUUGGGAUAAUGGACAAUGUAAUCAAAAGCAAAGACCACCUUCUCUAUGAUGACAAGAUCCAUGAAUUGCUGAAUAUUUGGGUGGAGAAAGAGGGCAAAGAAGCCACCUUAAAUGACCUGCUAAAAGCAUUGCUUGAUUUAAAUCAAAGGCGAACAGCUGAGACUGUCAAGGAAAAUGCUGUUCUCAAUGGUCAUUACUUUUGUGAUAAUUAGAGGUGAAUUGUUCAAGAAAACCCCUUGCUAACAGCACUCCAGACACGUGAAAUCUGCCAUGAAAAACUCAUGGUGUGAGCUCCUUGUUGGAGUAGGCUUGAGUAUUGUCCAAUAAGCACCUCAGAAGGCUACCUCCUGUCCAUAGUGGUCUUUUGAGUAGUAAAUCUAUUCGGACAAAAAAGCACAUUACUCUUACACUUACAAUGUGAAUAUUUUACUGAAGCUGCUGCUACUUCAGUAAGGGCAUGCAGGUAAUGCAGGGCCUUGUUUAGUGGUGGUAGUGUUUAAUUACAGCCAUUUUUUUUUUUUUUUUUUUUUUUUUUUUUUUUUUUUUUUCUGACUUUCCUUAGCUCUACAUGCAGUGUUGAUAAUGAGAGUAUUUAAUUACAAGAAGUGUCUUGUUUAUAAGUGUGCAAAACUUUUUUACUUAAAAUUAGAACAAAUCUUAAGACUGCUUGAUUGUUUCACAUAGUGAAUGUGAUGUUCAUCAGACCUUAGGAAUGAAUGUCUUAAUGGCUGCACUGAUUGAGCAAUGGAACAUAUGAAGCAAUUAACAAAAUGUGAUCAAUUGCUAUGAGAUUAUAUUAUGCUGGACAGCAGUUAUGUUUGGUUGUAAAAAGUAUGCGCUCUGACUGUAUUGUAAAAUUGUUGAUCAAAAGUGUUUCCCAAGAAUCAUUAGACAAUGAUUCAUUGAUUUUUUUCUUUUUUUUUUUUUUUUUUUUUUUUUUUUUUUUUUUCUGUGUUGUAUUUCUGGUCUAUUGUUACAGUUCUGCCAUGAUCCUGAUCACAAUGACCUCCUUAAAAGUUUACCAAACCACAAAAGGUUCUACUGAUGUGCAUCGCUUUAGCUUUGUUGUAUUAAGUGCCUUGCAAUACCAAAGUGCCUUGACUACAUUUUUUAUAGAAGUUAGUCACAAUGUUACAUAAUAUAAACUUAUACUUUAUUACUUACUACUUAAUAGUCUGUUUUCUCUCUCACUUUCAUGGCCUGUAGUGUCAGUGUCCGCCUAUUGUUUCUGAUAUUGAUUUUCUUUUUAACUUAUUUUACAAACCUAAUCAGGUGUUGCUUUUUUUACAGAAUAAUUGCAAGCUGAUGGGCUCUGACCGAUCAAAUUCAAAAAUUGGGCUUCAAAGCAAUUAUUAAAGUACAACUUAUGUGUAAAUAAAAUGAAUAAACACUGCCCCCUUUCUCUUAUUUUCUUUGUCUGAAAUUACAUGUGUUUUAUGGUAUUCUUCCAAUAUAUAUAGUGCACUGGUUGGUUUUGUGGGGAAUUGCGCACUGAUGGGGAAUU